GUUGAUACAGAGGUGGAUUUGAGAAAAUUAACUGAGAUGAUUCAUACCUGACUCUGUGUAUCAACAUGUGGAUCUGCUUUUAGAUGAAACCAUGGCCUCCAGAAUGAAUCUCUCUGAAGAACAUGAAACAAAGAUAAAGACAGUCAAGAGUCUGUGGCAGAAUGAAUCUUCUGAAUCCAGCUGUGUGUCCAUGAAGAGUGAUGCUUCAAUGGGUCGUCCAAUUAAUUUUAGCUUGGGAGACUCAUCUGCUGAUUUGAGUCAAAAACAUGAAGGACCAGAAUCACAUACAGCAAAGAAGAACUUAGACUCCAUUUUCAAGGAGCUUGAGCACAAAAUAAUUUCUAUGGUGAAGAGUGAGUUAAAAAGCUUUAAGAGACUGUUGAGUCCAGAUUACCCAGAAUGCUCUAAAACGGACCGUUAUGAUGAUGAGGGUCAUAACCGAGUCAGAGAGGGGCUUCUGAAGAUCACACUCCUCAUGCUGAGGAAGAUGAACCUGACAGACCUCGCUAACACACUGCAAACCAAGCUGAUGCCUGUGUAUCAACAAAAACUCAGAUCCAGACUCCAGGAUAAAUAUCAGAGACUCAGUGAAGGACUGUCCAAUCAUGGAGACUCAACACGUCUGAAUGAGAUCUACACAGAGCUCUACAUCACAGAGGGAGGCAGUGGAGAGGUCAAUAAUGAACAUGAGGUGAGACAGAUUGAGACAGUGUCCAGGAGACCAGAGACACAGGAGACACCAAUCAACUGCAAUGACAUAUUUAAACCCUCACCUGGAAAAGAAAAACCCAUCAAAACUGUGCUGACUAAAGGAGUCGCUGGAAUUGGAAAAACAGUCUCUGUGCAGAAGUUCAUUCUGGAUUGGACUGAAGGAAAAGAAAAUCAGGACGUUCAUUUCAUAUUUCCACUUCCUUUCAGGGAGCUGAAUUUGAUACAGAAACACCUCAGUCUUGUGGAUCUUCUAAACCACCUUCACACAGAAACCAAAGAAUUUAAAUCAACAGAUUAUUAUGACUACAAAGUCAUGUUCAUAUUUGAUGGUCUGGAUGAGUGUCGACUACGUCUAGAUUUCCAAAACAAUCAGAGUUUGUCUGAUGUGACCGAAUCAGCCUCAGUGGAUGUGCUGCUGACCAACCUCAUCAAGGGGAAUCUACUUCCUUCUGCUCUCCUCUGGAUCACCUCUCGCCCAGCAGCAGCCAAUCAGAUCCCUCCUGAGUGUGUCGACCAGGUCACAGAGGUACGAGGAUUCAACGACCCUCAGAAGGAGGAAUAUUUCAGGAAGAAAAUAAAUGAUCAGAGUCUGGCUGAUAGAAUCGUCACACACAUCCGAUCAACAAGAAGUCUGUACAUCAUGUGUCACAUACCAGUCUUCUGCUGGAUUUCAGCCAUUGUUCUGGAGAGGAUGAUGGGUAAAUCAGAGAGUGCAAUGAUUCCCAAGACCCUCACACAGAUGUUCACACACUUCCUGAUCUUUCAGACCAAACUGAAGACACAGAAGUAUGAUGGGAAAUGUGAAAUUGAUCCUGAUCAGUUUAGAGAGACUAUUCUGUCUCUAGGAAAACUUGCUUUUGAACAGCUGGAAAAAGGGAACCUGAUCUUCUAUGAGGAGGACCUGAAAGAGAGCGGCAUUGAUGUCAGAGAAGUGUCUGUGUACUCAGGAGUUUGUACCCAGAUCUUGAGAGAGGAGUUUGGACUGCACCUGGGGAAGGUGUUCAGCUUUGUUCAUCUGAGUAUUCAGGAGUUUCUAGCUGCUUUAUUCAAGCUACUGUCCUUUUCUGAACAAAACACAGGACCUGAGAAUGAGUACAGGACACCAAUAACCAGUUUACUAAAGAAAGAAGUCGACAAGGCGUUACAGAGUGAGAACGGAAACUGGGACCUUUUCCUCCGGUUCCUUCUAGGUCUCUCACUAGAGUCUAAUCAGACUCUCUUACAAGGCCUCCUGAGAAAGACAGUAAGCAUAUCUCAGAGCAAUCAGGAAACAGCUGCAUACAUCAAACAGAAGAUCAGGGAGAAUCCCUCUCCAGAGAAAUCCAUCAAUCUGUUCCACUGUCUGAAUGAACUGAAUGAUCGUUCACUAGAGCAGGAAGUACAAACAUACGUGAGCAGAACAGGUAUCAGUCAUCUCUCUGAAGUCUAUCUGUCUCCUGCUCAGUGGUCUGCUCUGGUGUUUGUGCUGUUGAACUCAGAAGAAGAGCUGGAUGAGUUUAAACUGAGUAAAUAUCAUCGAUCAGAAGAAUGUCUUCUGAAGCUGCUGCCAGUGGUCAAAGCAUCAAGAAAGGCUGAUCUUUCCAGCUGUGGUAUUAAACAGAAAGGUUGUGCUGCUCUGAGUUCAGCUCUGAGAUCAAACCCCUCACACCUGACAGAACUGAAUCUGAGCAAUAAUAAACCAGGAGAUUCAGGAGUAAAGCAGCUCUCUGCUCUACUGGAGAAUCAACAUUGUAAACUGAAGAAACUACAGCUGUGUGACUGCAGUAUUGGAGAGGAAGGCUGUGCUGCUCUGAGUUCAGCUCUGAGAUCAAACCCCUCACACCUGACAGAACUGAAUCUGAGCUGUAAUAAACCAGGAGACUCAGGAGUGAGGCUGCUCUCUGCUCUACUGGAGGAUCCACACUGUAAACUGAAGAAACUAGAUCUUUCCAAGUGUGAUACUACACAGAAAGGCUGUGCGGCUCUGAUUUCAGCUGUGAGAUCAAACCCCUCACACCUUACAGAACUUAAUCUGAGCUUUAAUAAACCAGGAGACUCAGGAGUGAAGCUGCUCUCUGCUCUACUGGAGGAUCCACACUGUAAACUGAAGAAACUACAGCUGUAUAACUGCAGCAUUGGAGAGGAAGGCUGUGUUGCUUUGAUUUCAGCUGUGAGAUCAAACCCCUCACACCUGACUGAACUGAAUCUGAGAUCUAAUAAACCAGGAGACUCAGGAGUGAGGCUGCGCUCUGCUCUACUGAAGGAUCCACACUGUAAACUGAAGAAACUAUUUAUUUGACAGUGGAAACUCCACAAGCUCCAAACAAGUCAAUCAAACCAACAAGUCCUGAACAAGGCUUAUUCUGAUCCAGCAGUUUCACAUGUGGAAGACUUUUCUUAUUCGUUUUCAUUUAGAGUUUUUUUCCAGUCUCAUGGGAAUGUUUUUUAAAUAAGUAGAUUGGACGUACUAACUGCAUUGUAAAAAUAUUAUUGUGAAACGACAGUAUAUACCAGGUUAAUAAUUGCAUGACUUUCACAGUAAUUUCACAGUGAGACUUCUCUUGUAUCUAACUGCACUCUCAAAAAUUACUUUAAACAAACAACAUUAGACUGUGUUUCUACAGUGCAUAUGUACUAUAAAGGUUCCUAGCAUGCAAUGCAGCAUGAAUAGAUCAUGCUGUAGAGUUUUUGUUUUUAAUUUUUUAUUCUUGCUGGUUUUACUUGUGCUGUUGAACUUGUUUUUAGUUCACCUUUAGUAGUUCGAGUUCUUGGUUUAUGUUGUAAGUUUUUUUUUUUUUCGAGUUAUUGUUGUUUUUUGUAUGUUGAGUAUUAAUGUCACAUCUUUCAAAGAUGUUUCUCA